AAACUGCAGCCACUGGAGGAGCAUCAAGUCAGAUCCAUCAGGGAUAGGUUUCGAGACAGCCACUCCUAGAGAGAAAACACUUCACCCAGCGCCACUGUAUAAAGUGAAAACAAUUGUAUUUAUUUGAAUUUGCCUUUUGAGCGGAACAAGGUGUAACCAAGAAUUAGAGAAAAUGCCGGAAAAGCGAGUGGCACCUGUUAUUAACAACCUGGAGGACUUUGAGCAGAAUCUGCCGGGUUACCUCAACACCAGCAACAAGGUAGCUGUACUCCUGGAUUACGAUGGAACCCUGGCCCCCAUUGCUGAUAAUCCCGCCAAGACCAAAAUGCCCGUGGAACUGGAAGCCAUUCUCCGUAAAAUAGCCAAGCAUCCUGAAGUUUUCCUAGCUGUGAUCUCGGGUCGUGGCUUGAAAGAUGUUCAAAAACAGGUGAACAUCGACGGAAUUACCUAUGCAGGCAAUCAUGGCCUGGAAAUUGAGUAUCCCGAUGGCUCCAGGCACGACUACGAACUACCCACAGAGAUCCAAAAGAAUUACACGAAUAUGGUUAGGGAGCUCAAGGAAAAGGUGGAGAAGAAUGGAGCUUGGGUGGAGGAUAAGCGGGUCUCCCUUACCUAUCACUACAGGGAUACCCCUGUUGAGCUCAAGGAUGAACAAAAGCAGUUGGCAGCGGAGAUAUGCCAAAAGUAUGGAUUCAGAGCAAAUCAGGCCCAUGAAGCUAUAGAGGCUAAGCCCCCGGUAAACUGGAACAAGGGAGAGGCAGCUUUGUAUAUUCUAAAGCAGAAAUUCGGUGAGAAUUGGGCACAGGAAGUUAGUGUGGUAUUUGCCGGAGAUGACACCACCGAUGAAGAUGCCAUGAGAGUUCUCAGAGGCUUGGGCCGCUCUUUUAGAAUUGCUGCAGACGAUCAGAUCCAGACUUUUGCUGAUUUCCGAUUGCCCAAACAGGCACUGAUGACCGAUCUACUCAAAUGGAUAGCUGGGGUUUAUGUUUCCUAGAAUUUAUGAAUUUUUUAUAAACAGUUUAAACUUUAUUUUAACUAAAAAUACUAGAAUUUGAAGUGUU